UCACGUCCCAUACCCAACUCCAUCCAUCUUCAACUCCCGUCGACAACUGCCACUCAAUCUCACUCAAUUCACCACAAUGGACUCCGUCAAAGGCAAAGUAUACACCAUCACCGGCCUAGCAGGCAUGGGUCUCGCCGUCGCCCGUCUCCUCCACUCCAACGGCGCCCGUCUAUCCCUCGCCGACAUCGACGAAACGGCCCUAACAAACGCCCUCGCAGUCCUCGGCCCAGACACCGAAAACAUAAUGACCACGCCCCUCGACAUUGGCUCGUCUAGCGCAGUGAAAGCCUGGAUCGAAGCUACGAUCCAGAAAUUCGGCCGACUAGACGGCGCGGCGAACAUGGCGGGGACGAUUGGGAAGAAACACGGCGUGGGGGCGUUGAUCGACCAGGAUGAUGAGGAGUGGGAUAUGUUGAUAAGGGUGAAUCUCUCGGGAACGAUGUAUUGUCUGCGAGAGCAGAUAAGGGGGAUUCUGGCGACGAGUGGGACGGGGAGUAUUGUCAAUGCGACGAGUAUUCAGGGAUUGAAGGGGUUUGCAUUGCAUGCGGCGUAUUCGACGACGAAGCAUGGGGUGGUGGGAUUGACGAAUAGUGUUUCCAAGGAGGUUGGGCCGGCGAUUCGAGUUAAUGCUAUUGCGCCGGGAGUUAUUCAGACUCCGUUGUUGGAUAAGGCUGCUGCUAUUCAGGGCGGAUUGGGUGCACUGACAACGUCAAUCCCUCGAGUCGGAACAUCGAAUGAAGUCGCUCAAGCGGCGUUGUUUCUGCUCAGUGACGCCUCGUCGUAUACAACAGGCACGGUGUUGAACGUAGAUGGUGGUUGGGAAUAAACAACCUGAUGUGCUGCUAAAUCAAAGGGAU